AUGGACGUUUUACAUCUGAAUUUUAGAGUCCUGCAAUACUGCGGCAUCUGGUACGAAUAUCCGGAGAACUUAUGGCUAGUCAAAAUGGUGUACAAAACGUUAAUAGUUGUCAUGCUUUUCUGCUUCACGCUGUCGGAGCUCACCGAGCUUGUGCUAAACAGGAACAAUGUGCAUGAUUUGACAGAGUGUCUAUUUUUGUCGUUAACCUUUUUAACUUGUUGUUUCAAAAUGAUCAAUUUCCUGUGCCGACAAGAGGGUUUAAACCGGAUAUUGAAUGCCUAUCGAGCAGAUGUUUUUCAACCGAAAACAACAGAGGAGAAGCAGAUGACAACGCAGUAUCAGAAUCUAAUAUCGAAGUUUUUUAUGGUGUACUUAAUUAUGGCAUUGUUGUCCGGUAUAUGCUUAAGUCUUAUACCUAUCAUAAGCUCCGCGAGCAAUGAGACUCAGUUUCCUGCAAAGUCUUAUCAACCGUACAAUACUCAAGAUUCAACUCUUUAUUUGAUUACGUAUUUUCAUCAAAUAUUGAGCAUCUUUUUUGGCAUUUUUAUAAACGUUUCUAUGGAUAUGUUGGUGUGUGGAUUUAUAAUUUUAGCAUGUUGUCAAUUAGACUUAUGCUGUUACAGAAUUAGUCUUAAUAAAAAGGAUACAUCGACAAACGACCAUGUAGUACAUCACGUUCUUAUCGGACAUGCUGUCAACAGAGUGCAAUCUUUUUUCAUCGUGAUCAUCGUACUUCUAUUCAUUUUUAAUUUGAUUGUUUUAUGUACAAGUUUAUUUCAAAUACCUCAGAAAAAUAUUAUGACCCUUGAAUUCUUUACUUUGUUUGUGUACCUAGUUGGUAUAUUAUUUCAAGUAUAUGUGUAUUGUUGGUUUGGAAAUCAACUUCAAUUGAAGAGUAAAACAAUAUCUGAUGCAAUUUAUGAAAGUAAUUGGCCCGAUCUAACGCCUUGUAAGAGAAAAGAUUAUAUCUUCAGUAUGUUUAUGAGUCAAAAUGGAUUUACGAUUUCUUUUCAUGGACAAUGCAGUCUUUCAAUUAAAACAUACGUUUGGAUAGUAAAAACUUCUUAUGCCGUUUACAAUCUACUACAGAAUACGUCAACUUAA